UAAUUUUUCGGAUUGGUAGAAGAUUUAUUUUAGAUGACUUGUUACGUUUCCGAUGUUGACGAAAUCUUACAUCAAUAUAAAGAAACGGGUUACAGUUCAACUUGCAGGGCAGAGGAAUGGCAAGCCCAGGAGUGAGGUGGACUGCUAUAGUUUUAACAACAGCCAAUAAAGACUGGACAUAUGCAUUUCAAAAGGAGUUGGAGCUUCGACAAGCUAAAGGUUACAUUGGGAAAGAUGUAAUAGUAUUAACUGUGGAGGAUCCAAAAUCAUAUGUGGGGAGCGGCGGUGCAACCAUCAAUGCUCUUGUGACCAUAACAGAAUACAUAAGUGCUCAACAGGGCCAUUCAGUAAUCAGUGCAGAGGUUCUGGAGCAGUCAAAGAUCCUAAUAUUACACAGUGGUCGGCAGUAUCCAUAUGACCAAUGUGGGCGGGCUUUUGUGACUCUCCCGGCUGAGUAUGUUACGCCUGAAUACGAUGGAUUGAUCUGCAACAUAGAUAUCCUCAUCAAGAACAUCACUGAAAAGCUGGCAGUGAAGUCGGGACCGGGACUGUGGGUCAGCAGUACUGACAUGAUUUUAUCAUUUCCAAAAGCUUGUGACAUUCCGUGGAAGAAUUGUGAUGCUUGCGCCAUCACUGUCCCUGCCACACCCCAAUACUGUAAGCAUCAUGGUGUGUAUAAAAUUGAUAAAGAGGGCUAUGUAGAAAAUAUUCUCUAUCAAAAAGAUGUGGGCAGUUUGGAGUGUUGUGAAAUUAAGGAUGGAAAAGUUCCCGUGGUCUGUUCUGUGGUUUUCUUUAAUUACCUCAUUGCUCAGAAGUUACUGGCCUUCCAUGUCAAGCCCCCGCUGGACGCCUGUACGUACAUGGGCUUGGACAGUGGAGAGCCCCCUAUACAGCUUUCUUUGUUCUUUGAUGUAAUGCUACCAAUGGCAACUGGGGUGACAGAGACAGAUUUUGUCAAUGGUAAAUGGAGCAGGAAUGCCACACCAAAUGACCCAGAAAGUCAGCGAAGGAUGAAGAAGGCAAGGUCAUUGUUGUGGAAAGAACUUGGAGGAUAUAAAAUGUGGGCGUGUUUGGUGGAGUCUGGACAGUUCCAUUAUCUGUCAGGAGAGGCACAGGAUCAUAAGAGGUUGAUACAGAAUUGCCCCUACCAAACUAAUUUUUCAGAAACAGCAUUCACAUGGUCCAACAGGACACAUUCUUACAUAGAGUCGAGCUGUAAAGUAGAUGAAAACAGCACUAUUGUAAACAGUGCCUUAUAUGGGAAUGUUACGGUUGGUGGUAAAACUGUGGUCUCCUGUUGUAAAAUUCGAGGAAACGUCACCUUGGGCAAGGACUGCUAUGUGGCUGGUCUAAAGGUGGAAACUGUAAAGAAAACAAUAACCAUUGAUGAUUCCAUGGUUGUACAGUCAUUUAAUGUUCACCUCCGAACUCUCGGAAUUACCAGGGAAAUCCUCACAAUUCAUGGCAGAUACGACAAAAUUCAGGUCCCAUAUUGGAAGAGCUCCAGUACAUUCUGUAACAUGCCAAUGGUUGUUUGGAUGACCAAAACAGGAAUUGUUAAAGAGGACCUAUGGGGCACAGAUGUAGAAAAUGAAGAUCAAUCCAUGUUCCAAGCUAAGCUGUUCCCCAUCCUCCACGCCACGGAUUCUAUAGGACUGGAGGACCUAUUGUGGAUUCAGGGAGCAGUUCCAGAUGAAGACCGCACCCGAUUCAAGAGGUGGCAGUCCUCUUGGAGACUUAGCAUGAAAGAAAUCCUGUCCUUUGUAAACGCUGAGCAGGAACUUCAGUGCAGAAGAGAAAUGUUUUAUGAAGUGAAGAAGGAGGAAAUUUCAGAUGCUUUAAUCCAAAAACUCCAUAAAGGUUUCCACCCCAUCUACAAUAGCGCAGGCAUUGAUGGAUUUUCCAUUUCUAUUCUGGAAAAACUGGAUUCAGUGGCAAAGACUUCUCAGAAUGACCCUGGGGUAGCUGCACGGACUCUGGCUAACAUAGCUGAUGUUUUGGGAUCAAAGGCAGGACUAAAGGGCGGAUUAAGGAGCGGACCUGCUGCAAACAAAGCCUGGGCCAAGGCCUUCAAUCUCCUGGAGAAUAAGGAGCUGGAACGGGGAGUUACUGCACUUGCUAAGGAGCGUUCCAAAUGGUUAGACAGGCCCGACCUCCUGGUGAGAGCAGCUAGGCAUUAUGAGGGGGCGGCCCAGAUCCUGAUACGUCAAGCUGUCAUGACUGCAAAAGAAUAUUUUAAGCCAGAGUCCUGCUCAAUGCCCUUUAUGAAUAAAUGGGUGACAGCCCUCUGUCCCGCUCGUAUAGAUGUCUCAGGGGGCUGGUCAGACACGCCCCCCAUCACAUACGAACACGGUGGAGCCGUCACUAUGGUUGCUCUUCAGGUCAAAGGAAAGCAUCCAGUUGGAGCUAAAGCCAAACGAAUAGAUGAACCUAAAUUAGUGUUUGUUAUAUAUGGUAAUGAUGGAGAUAACACAGAGGUCAUAUGUCGUGAAAUCAGUGACCUUGAGGAUUACUAUCAACCUUAUAGUCCAGGAGCAUUGCUGAAAGCUUCCUUUAUAUGUGCUGAUAUUGUGAGCCUAUCAUCUCCUAAAUCUCUGAGGGAUCAGUUGAUGGAGGGUUACGCUGGAGGAUUUGAGGUUCACAGUUGGUCCGUGCUGCCACAGGGAUCAGGUAUGGGAACCAGCAGUAUCUUAGCAGGGGCGGUGAUGGCUGCCGUUUUGAGAGCUUCAGGAAAAUCUUGUGACAAAAAAGGGCUGAUUCAUGCUGUACUCUACCUGGAACAGUUGUUGACAACUGGGGGUGGUUGGCAGGACCAGGUGGGAGGCCUGAUGGGGGGAAUCAAGAUCGGGCUUUCUGAGGCUAAACUCCCCAUUGCUGUAGAAGCAGUAGACUUGAAGGUGUCGGACGAAGUCAUACAAAUGGUGAACGAGAGACUGUUAUUGAUCUACACUGGGAAAACCAGGCUCGCUCGAAAUCUGCUGCAGGAGGUGGUGAGAAACUGGUAUGCUAGGAAUCCAAACAUAGUAGAAACGGAGAAUGCACUGGUUGUCUUGGCGCAGGAGUGUGCCCACGGCUUUAUAGAUGGUGAUCUUCGAAAAGUAGGGUCCUGUCUGGACAAUUAUUGGUCAAUGAAGAAGAUUCUGGCCCCAGGAUGUGAGACUCCCAUCAUUGCAAAGCUGAUGGCAGCUGCAAGGCCUUUUGCCUAUGGCAUGUGUAUGGCUGGAGCAGGAGGAGGGGGUUUUCUGUAUGUUUUAACCAAAGACAAAAAUCAAAAACAUUUGCUGCUGGACAUUCUUGGAACUGUAGAGGGCACCGAGGGUAAGGAGGUGUAUGAAUGCAGUGUAGACAGAGAGGGCCUGGUACUAACUGUGGAGGACUAAGUCCAUGUACUAAUAACCCAGUACCUGUAGUAAGGGACCACGAAAUACAACUAACGCUCUCUGUACAUUAGGAAUUAUGAAAGAAAAUCUGUAUAAACAGACGAGAGGGACUUUGUCUUUGAGAGAAGAUUAAGGAGGAAAUGAGUGAUUAUAAUUGGCACAUUACACAACAGUAGAAGAUUGAGAUCAAAUCUCCAGUCAAGUUACUGUGUUCCGAUUCACAGAGACACUUUCCAAUGGAUAUCACAGCUUUCCAAUGGAUAUCACAUUUUAUAUACAUGUACAUGUAUAUUACUAACUACUGUGUUUUUUAAAAGAUGGGUGGUCAGAUAUGUAGCAUUCAAUGAGAUAUUUUGUGAUUUGUUUGUUGACAUUCAUAUUUUGAUGUAGGGUUGUGGCAUCAUUGCAAACCACGGGUUGUUGUUUCAUUCAAUUCCAUGGAAUGGAGUGAAACAAUAACCCAUGGUUUUCGAUGAUGGGGAUGUGGGUGAGAUAUAUUUUGUGAUUUGUUAACAUUCAUAAUUUGAUAUAGGGUUAUAAAUAAGAUGUGCGAUAUUUUGACAUUCAUAUUUUGAUUUAUUAAGCACAUGCAGAAAUUGAAUGCCAUAUAUCUUUAUUAUAGAUUUAUUUACAAUAUUGUAUAUUUGUAUAUAUAUAGAAAAAGAUGUUGCAGAUAAUGUGUGCAUUAUGAAUACCGAGAUUUAGAAUAUUCUCACUUUAUAUACAUUUUAUAAGUUGGAGGAUAUUAUUAGAAUCAUUUUCUGAAAACAAUCUACAAAUUAUCAUCAAAUGUUAUCAUUAUAAAGAAAUUGUGCCUAUCCUUACUUUGAUAUUAUAUUGAAUAUCAGAUUAAAAAUAAAACAUG